AUGGACUCUUUAAAUAUUAAUAUUUACGAAUAUGAAGGUUUUUUAGAUGCAGAGGAUGAGGAUGAAUUCAAUUUUUUUUUGAAACGGAAUGAACAUGAAGAAUUUGAGGAUUCUGAAGUAACUAAUGUUAAUGAGAAUAUUGACACCUUUGCUUCAACUGAUAUUUUUGAAAUCAGUGAUGAUAUAAGAGAAGAAAAUAGUACUGAAGAAUCUACAAAAUUUAUACCAUUAGUGCAUAGAUACAAUUUACACAAUGCAAUUGUAAAAUUGCCUCAUGAAUUAAAUUUAUUAACAGAAUUGAAUCCAAUUUCAAUUUUUAUGCUUUUUUUCACAAAUGAAAUCUUUAAUCAACUUGUCAUAAAUACUAAUUUGUAUGCAAUUGAUAAAGAUGCUGGAACAGGAAGAGAUUGGUAUCCAUUGACUGUUCCUGAAUUGAAAAUUUGGUUAGGAAUAUUAAUAUAUAUGGGUCUUUUUAAAUUUCCAUCUGUCUCAGAUUAUUGGAACACAGAUGAUAAAGUUCCUAAACAUAAAAUAACUCAAUAUAUGACUCUAAUUAGAUUUCAACAA